UCUCAAUUGAAACCUUCCUUGGUUCUCUAGCCGAUAAGGGUUCUCUCUGGGUUUAAUCGGUCUCUUCCUUCGGGCGCCAGCUAAGUAUUUUCUCUCAUUUCUUUUUGGGUUUUUCUUUUCGUUUCUUAGUUUGUCUCUGCCCUUUUAAUUUCUUUGCUAGAUUUUUGCUUUAUCCGUUGAUUUUCCCUAGUUUUUUCCCUUGAUUCAAACAAAACUCCUUGGGCAAAGCUAGGGUUUUGGCUUGACUCGGUAUCUACUCCUGUGUUAUCUUUGGUUGUAUGCUUUCUUUGAUCAUUGAGUAUUUUAGUUUAAGUUCGAUUUGGGUGUUGGGGAUUUGAGAGUCUUGGUCUGAUUUGUGCGUUGGGGAUUGAGGGUUUUAGUUUGUUCUGUGUGUUGGAGAUUCAGGGUCUGUUGUGAUUCGCGUCAAUGAUUUCAGAUUCAUCUAUGUGGAAAUCCCACAUAUUAUGAGCUGCGCAAUCCUCAUGCGUCGAGUCCGUAUUCUCCACUCAUUCUCAGUUGUGUUUCUGUACUGGUUCUAUGUGUUCUCAUAAUCUAGUUAAUCACGUGUCUUAAAUCUCUUUGUUCAUAUCGAAUUAGUUUUUUUUUUUUUUCUGCAUCCAAUUCAGAAAAACCUAGUCAUCUUUAAUCCUUCAUUUACACUAAUCAAUUCAUUAAGAACCCAUAACACAAAUCUUUGGUGGAAGAAAUCAACAAGACCAAAAGGGAAACAAUGCAGCGACAAGCAAGUUCCGGGUCUGAUGGGGAUGUGCAAUAUGCAAUGGUUGAUGAGAGGAAGAAGAGAAGAAUGAUAUCGAACCGUGAAUCUGCAAGGCGGUCUCGAGUUAGGAAGCAGCAGCGUUUGGAGAGUCUGGUAAGCCAGGUGAACGAGCUGCAAAAUGACAACAGCCAGAUGAUGCAGAAGAUCAAUGCUAACACCCAACUCUACAUUGAUGUUGCAUCAGAGAACAAUGUUCUGAGAGCUCAGGUUACAGAAUUGACUGACCGGCUUCGAUCCCUGAACGCAGUGCUGGAGAUUGCCGCGGAGGUCAGUGGACUUGCAAUGGACAUUCCUGAAAUACCCGAGAUGCUACUGGAGCCAUGGCAGCUCCCCUAUCCAGGGCAGCCCAUCAUGGCUUCUCCACACACUUUCCAGUGUUGAAGAGUCUUGGAUGAAGAAGUCAUGCCUUUGUCACGCCCCCUUUCCAUCUGCAUUUUAGUUUGUUUGUCACUGUUCGUAUUUGAGUCUGUGUUGUGUCCAUAAAAUGAAUGGAGAACUGCUUGUUAUCUGGGUUUGCUUCGUGUCCUGUGUUCUUUUGACAUUAUCAAUCUGUAAUAGUUAGUGAUUUUCUAAUAUGAGCGUGGCUUUUACCA